UUGAAUGAAGCUAAAAGGCAAUAUGAAUACAUCGGCACAAAACCAUUCACAGACGCAGCCACCGCGUAAAACCAAUGAGCACAUACAAGUUUAUGUGCGCGUAAGGCCCCUGAAUCGACGUGAACGAGGAAUUCAUUCCACAGAAAUUGUUGAGGUUAUAUCGCACAAAGAAAUUAUAGCUCGCAAUACCUUGGACUCCAAGUUAACAAAGAAAUUUACAUUCGAUCGAACCUUUGGCCCCGAAUCAAAACAAGUCGAUGUUUAUGCCGCUGUGGUGGGUCCUCUCAUUGAGGAGGUGUUGUCCGGUUAUAAUUGUACCGUGUUUGCCUAUGGCCAAACGGGUACAGGCAAAACACACACAAUGGUGGGCAAUGAAUGUGCUGAGCUGAAAUCGUCUUGGGAAGAUGAUUCUGAUAUUGGUAUUAUCCCUCGUGCAUUAUGUCAUCUCUUCGAUGAGCUGCGUAUGAUGGAAUUGGAAUUCUCUAUGCGUAUAUCCUACUUGGAACUGUACAAUGAAGAACUAUUCGAUCUACUGUCCACAGAUGAUUCCACAAAGAUUCGAAUCUUUGAUGAUAGUACAAAAAAAGGUUCCGUCAUCAUACAAGGUCUUGAAGAAAUACCCGUACAUAGUAAAGAUGAUGUUUAUAAACUAUUGGAAAAGGGCAAAGAACGUCGUCGUACUGCAUCCACCCUGAUGAAUGCUCAAUCUUCACGUUCUCACACUGUAUUCUCCAUCGUCGUCCACAUUAAAGAGAAUGGCAUGGAUGGUGAAGAAAUGUUAAAAAUUGGAAAAUUAAAUUUGGUCGAUUUGGCUGGCAGUGAAAAUGUUUCAAAAGCCGGCAAUGAAAAAGGAGUUCGUGUUCGAGAAACUGUUAAUAUUAAUCAAUCGCUGUUGACAUUGGGUCGUGUUAUUACGGCUUUGGUAGAACGGACACCACAUAUACCAUAUCGUGAAUCGAAAUUGACCCGUUUGCUGCAAGAAUCACUGGGUGGUCGCACAAAAACAUCUAUUAUUGCCACCAUAUCUCCCGGUCACAAAGAUAUCGAAGAAACUCUCAGUACCCUUGAGUAUGCCCAUCGUGCUAAAAAUAUACAAAACAAACCGGAAGUUAAUCAAAAACUUACCAAGAAAACCGUACUCAAAGAAUACACCGAAGAAAUUGAUAAACUGAAAAGAGAUCUUAUGGCAGCUCGGGACAAAAAUGGUGUUUAUUUAGCCACAGAGACCUACAAUGAAAUGACCCUAAAAAUGGAUUCACAAACUAGAGAGCUAAAUGAAAAAGUACAUUUGCUGAAGGCUCUUAAAGAAGAGCUGGCAUCCAAGGAGAAAAUAUUCAAUGAAGUUAGUAUGAAUUUAAUUGAAAAGACGACUGAACUGCAGCAAAAGGAUCAUCGCUUGAAAUCCACCAAAGGCGAAUUAAUAGAAACAAAGAAGGUGCUGAAGACCACCAAGCGGCGUUACAAGGAAAAGAAAGUACUGCUUGAAUCGCAUGCCAAGACCGAGGAGGUAUUGAAAGAUCAGGCCACCCAGAUAUUGGAAGUGGCUGAUAUUGCCACAAAGGAUACGGAAGCAUUGCAUGAAACCAUUGACAGACGCAAAGAUGUUGAUGUAAAAAUACAAACAGCUUGCGAACGUUUUGCUGAACGCAUGAAUGAAAACUUUGAUCACAUGGAUGAGAGCCUAAAACAGUAUGAAGAGAAACAAAGCAGUCUCACAAAAUGCAUGGAUGUUGAAUUAACCAAAACAUCAAAUCUUCAAACGAAACUAGUUGACACAACCAGUGAACAAAUUAAAAACAUUCAUCAAAUAUUGGACACCUACGAAACAUCAAUGGUUAGCAUUACCGAAACCGUAUCUUCGUCGUUAACAGAUUUGGGACAAGCACAAUAUGAAUCCAUCACUAAAUUCCUGAAAGAAUUGAAAGAAAAAGAGCAAACAUUUAAAAUGCAAAUUAAAGAAAAUCUGGAAGCCAUUGAAUACACCAAUGAACAACAACAAAUAGCUCUGAGUACAAUGAGUGAUUCUAUAAAAGCUAAACUACAUGAAAGCAAUACAAAAUUGCAGCAACACACAAAACGUAUACAAACCGAAAUGGAUGCAAUUAAACAAAAAACUCUGGAAAAUACUCUAGAACUACAGAAAAUCUCGUCCACCUUGGCUGAACAAAGAGCUCUUAUUGAGGGGGAACAAAAGCUAUUGGAAGAAUUCCAACAGAAAAUGACAGAAUUUCACAAAAAACACACAAUAUGUUCAAAUAAUAUCGACACUAAUGUUGGCACCUUGGAAAAGGCCCAACAAUUUGUUACAACUCAAUUGGAAGGCUCAACCAAAUUCCAACAGGCCUUUCUUGAAAAGAAAGCCAAGACGUUGGAAAAUAAUUGUCAGCUGGUUGAUAAACUAAAAGAUGAAAUUGAACUGCACAUCGAUCAAAAUGUUGCCAAAUGUUCCACACUCGCAAUACAAUUGGAUAAUAAAGUACAAGAUACCACGAAAUCAUUGGAUACCCAAAUUGAAGCUGUCGCACAAAAUUAUGCCGAAACUACAGAAGCUCUCAAGGACUACGGUCCACAGGUUAAACGAAUUUGUUCACAAAAUAGGGAGCAACAUAACGUCAAAACGGAUAUCAUUCUCAAUUCAUUGCAAACUCAUGUCAAACAGACAAUGGAAAAUGUAUCCAUUGUCAAGGGCUACAAUUGUUCGCUACAGCAAAAGUUGAAGGAUUAUACAAAAGUAUAUAAAGAACAAAUACAAACGUGUAGCCAAGAUGUUGAGACAUUCCGUAAAAAUGAAGUUAAAACAUACACAGCCACAGGUGCGACACCGUCCAAAAAGGAAUUUAAAUAUCCACGAGUUUUGGCCGCAACAUCGCCGCACACAAAUAUCGUUAAACGUUUUCGUCAGGAAAAUGAUUGGUCGGAUGUUGAUAUGACAAUACCAUUGGAUGAGGAAAGUGAAACUGAUAUUGAUAAUUCUAUAUCGGAUACUGAGACAAUUUUAAAUUCAACUCCUGUUGAAACAGAAGUCGUGCCACCCAAUCGAAAUUCGUAUAUUACACAAAGAAAAUCCGAUCGUAAUUCCAAUUUAUUGAAGGUACCACCACAGAAAAGCCGUUCAGGAUCACCGGCCGGCAGUAUAUCACCACGUAAAGGUUCUUCUAGAACCAAUUCACCAGCAUAUCUAAAGCAAAAUAAGGAAAAUAUAGCCACUUAA